GUCUCUGGGAAAGAAACGUCUCCGCCUCCGGCUCCCCCCCCCGCUCUAGUCAAUGGACUCUUCCGCCCUGCAGCUCCCUUGGGAUCUUCUUGGGGAGGUCUGCUCUGCUGAGUGCUGCCAGAGACAACCCUCGUUUGGGGCGAAGGCCUGGAGGAGAGUAACUAUGGUGAAUAUUAUCCAGAUUGUGCGAGAUCACUGGGCCGCGACUUUGGUUCCCAUAGCAUUUGUGGUGGGAUGUUACUUUGACAGGAGGAAUGAUGAGAAACUGGCACUCUACAGAAACAAGAGCAAAUUAUUUCAAAGGGAAUUGAAACCUGGAGAAGAAGUCACAUGGAAAUAAUGCGUCAAAUGAGAAAUACUUCCAUACAAUUAAAUUCACCUGUUUAAGAAGUG